AUCGCUUCUGGUUCUGGAAGAGGAAUGGCUGCCCUAGCUGUUGUGGAUACACCGUCGGGGAAAGAUGCAAUUGCAGAGGGACUGCUUGGCCUCUUGAAACCAGCUGUCCAGCAGCUUGAUCUUCAUGUGCACUCAGUGAGGGAAAGCCAGGUGGAACUACGAGAACACAUAGACAAUCUAGCCACAGAGCUGUGCAGGAUAAAUGAGCACCAGAAGGUGGUGUUAGACCUGGAUCCCUAUGUGAAAAAGCUGCUGAAUGCAAGACGCAGGGUGGUGCUGGUCAACAACAUACUACAGAAUGCUCAGGAACGGUUGCGACGGCUCAAUCACAACGUCGCCAAAGAGACAGCGCGUCGGAAGACCAUGCUGGAGACCUCUGGAGCGUUCACGCCUCGGUCGCCCAGUAAACCAUGACCAGUAAACCAUGCCCCACUCCUCAGCUUGGAAAAAACUGCUUAAUAACAACACUGAGCUUGUCUGCCUGUGUCCUGGACUGAAUAAAGUUUUCACAAACUCCACUGGGGUUGGGCAGUAUCCAGAUGUUCAUACCGUUCUUGUACCAUACCGGGAAAUACGGUAUUGCACAAGGGGCGCUAUUAUUUUCAAACAUAUUUACAUUUUUAGGGGGGGGGGUCCCAACUAGUGACAAGUUCUCUUUCCAUUCCCACAGACUAAGGCAAUACUCAGUUUACCUGCUGAAACGCCAACCUCACAUCUCUGCUUUGUGCUAUUGUAGCAACGUGUACGUGUCUUGAGUUGUCAUAAACUGCUAGUUUUCAAUAAGGCAAUUGGAAUCAGGGGUACUUUGCUUCAAAAACGUACACAACUUGAUCAAAUGUUACGAUUGCGCAAGCUAAAAUUGGAAUCGAAAAUAAUAAUCUUAUGCAAAGAAAUGUGUUUACACUACUGGAGGACUUUGGGCCUACUGAUUUUUACAACCCUCUCUCUUUCCAGAAUAUGUGUAUGGAUGCCUCUGCAUUCCAUUCAAAGCUAUGGCCACAGACAUGUAGUUGAUGGAUCCUGUUCUUCUCUAGGGUUAGGUAUUUUUGUCACUGUGGACUAAGUAACUAGACCCGGCAAUACAAUGUAGUGCAGAAAAAAAGAUGCAAGGAAUGUACGGAAACAGAGCCGUCACUGUUUCACGCUUCUAGCAGCAACUGAUACGCAACCCUGCCUAAUAUGGUUUGUCAGACCUUUUUUUUCUCGAUGUCAAAUCUAAUUGUAUUGGUCAAAUCAAAUUUUAUUGGUCGCAUACACAUAUUUUGCAGAUGGUAUCGCAGGUGCAGCAAAAUGCUUGUUUCUAGCUCCAACAGUGCAGUAUUACCUAACCAUACAAAAUAUGUUAAUGACAACUUCUGUACUUAGUUGCUAUUGAAUAAAACAGAAGCAUCACC